GAGCGCAGAGAGAGAGAGAGAGAGAGAGAGAGAUUUGUGUUGCUUUUUAAGCACCAAACCAAACAGCCUCUACUGUAAGAAAGCAAAGCAAACAGCGAGCAAGAAUCAUCAAAGGGCAGGAGAAGAGCAGAAAGAGAAACAUCAAAUGCAUUGAUGCUCCAAAUGAAGCCCUGACGCUGUUGCUGCUGAGACAAACCUAGAAGCUUCACUUCACCGUCUUAAUUUAUUUAUUGCAUAUGGAAGAUCGGAAUUUCUCGCUUGAUGCUACGUGGUAGUUCCCUGCAGAAAGGUCGGCCACCUUUCGGUUCCAAAGAAAAGUAAGUGAUGAUGGUGGUGACAUCUUCCUGCAAAGACACCAAAUUGGCGAUGGACAAUGGCAAGUAUGUGAGGUACACGCCGGAGCAGGUUGAAGCUCUCGAAAGGCUCUACCAUGAAUGCCCAAAACCGAGCUCGCUUCGCCGGCAGCAGCUGAUUCGUGAAUGCCCAAUUCUCUCCAACAUUGAGCCUAAGCAGAUCAAAGUCUGGUUUCAGAACAGAAGAUGUAGGGAGAAACAGCGGAAAGAGUCUUCGCGGCUCCAAGCUGUGAACAGAAAGUUAACGGCGAUGAAUAAGCUAUUGAUGGAGGAAAAUGAUAGGCUGCAAAAGCAAGUGUCGCAGCUGGUGUAUGAGAACAGCUAUUUCCGCCAACAAACUCAGAAUGGAAACCUUGCCACCACAGACACAAGUUGUGACUCAGUGGUGACAAGUGGUCAACGCCAUUUGACUCCUCAGCAUCCACCAAAAGAUGCAAGUCCUGCAGGACUUUUGUCUAUUGCAGAGGAGACUUUAACAGAGUUUCUUUCAAAGGCCACUGGAACUGCUAUGGAGUGGGUCCAAUUGCCUGGGAUGAAGCCUGGUCCGGAUUCCAUUGGAAUCAUUGCUAUUUCUCAUGGUUGCACUGGAGUUGCAGCACGUGCAUGUGGGCUUGUGGGUUUGGAGCCUACAAGGGUGGCUGAGAUCCUCAAGGAUCGGCCUUCUUGGUAUCGUGAUUGUCGAACUGUGGAUGUUAUCAAUGCUAUGUCCACUGGAAAUGGUGGAACCCUUGAACUACUUUACAUGCAGCUCUAUGCACCAACUACUUUGGCUCCAGCUCGUGACUUCUGGUUAUUGCGCUAUUCAUCUGUAUUGGAGAAUGGAAGCCUUGUGGUCUGUGAAAGAUCAUUGAACAACACUCAGAAUGGUCCCAGUAUGCCACCAGUGCAGCAUCUUGUGAGAGCAGAGAUGCUGCCAAGCGGCUAUCUGAUAAGACCCUGCGAAGGGGGUGGAUCUACAAUCCACAUUGUUGAUCAUUUGGACUUAGAUCCAUGGAGUGUGCCUGAAGUGUUGCGUCCACUAUAUGAGUCAUCAACCUUGCUUGCUCAGAGGACGACGGUGGCGGCUUUACGCCAGCUGAGGCAGAUUUCACAAGAGGUUUCCCAGCCAGUUGUCACUGGUUGGGGGAGAAGACCUGCUGCUCUACGUGCACUUGGCCACAGAUUGAGCAAAGGAUUUAAUGAAGCUGUUAAUGGGUUUGCGGAUGAUGGAUGGUCUGUGAUUGAAAGUGAUGGGAUUGAUGAUGUCACCCUUCUUGUGAACUCUUCUCAUGGCAAAAUGAUGGCUACAAAUCAGUCUUUUGCUAAUGGAUUUCAAUCUGUGAGCCAUGCAGUGUUUUGUGCUAAGGCAUCCAUGCUUUUACAAAAUGUGCCUCCUGCAAUACUUCUCAGGUUCUUGCGCGAACACCGAUCAGAAUGGGCAGACAGUGGGAUUGAUGCUUAUUCAGCUGCUUCUGUUAAAUCCAGUCCUUGUACUUUGCCAGGGUCUCGAGUUGGAGGUUUUGGUGGGCAAGUUAUUCUUCCAUUGGCUCAGACUAUUGAGCAUGAAGAGUUCAUGGAGGUCAUUAAGCUUGAGAACUUUGGCCAGUAUCGAGAUGAUAUGAUUAUACCUGCAGACAUCUUCCUCCUGCAAAUUUGCAAUGGAAUGGAUGAGAGUGCCAUUGGCACUUCUGCAGAACUCAUCUUUGCUCCAAUUGAUGCCUCGUUUUCUGAUGAUACACCUCUUCUCCCAUCUGGUUUCCGCAUCAUUCCUCUUGAUUCUGGGACUGGCGCCUCUAGUCCAAAUCGUACACUUGAUCUUGCAUCUGCUCUUGAGGUUGGACCAACUGGGAAUCGAGUCUCUGGUGAAUGUUCUAGUCAUAGUGGGAGUGGAAAAUCUAUUAUGACAAUUGCAUUUCAAUUUGCAUUUGAGAUACACCUUCAGGAAAGUGUAGCAGCUAUGGCCCGUCAGUAUGUACGAAGUAUCAUAGCGUCUGUGCAACGGGUGGCAUUGGCACUCUCCCCUUCUCGCUUUGGCUCUCAUGCCGGUUUGCCACCACCCGCUGGGACUCCAGAAGCACAUACACUUGUUCGUUGGAUCUGUCUUAGCUACAGGUGCUUUUUAGGUACUGAGCUACUUAAAACUGUUAAUGAAGGAAGUGAUAUGAUCCUGAAGACACUGUGGCAUCACUCAGAUGCUGUGAUGUGUUGCUCUUUGAAGGCACUGCCAGUUUUUACAUUUGCAAAUCAGGCAGGACUUGAUCUGCUCGAGACAACUCUGGUAGCGCUUCAAGACAUUACCUUAGAGAAGAUUCUUGAUGACCAUGGAAGGCAGACACUCUGCUCUGAGCUCCCACAGAUUAUGCAUCAGGGUUUUGCUUGUCUUCAAGGUGGGAUCUGCUUAUCUAGUAUGGGAAGGCCGGUGUCCUAUGAGAGAGCGGUAGCUUGGAAAGUGUUGAAUGAUGAAGAAAACGUUCACUGCAUCUGCUUCAUGUUCAUCAACUGGUCUUUUGUCUGACUUUCCCGACAAAGAACAUAGGAUUUAGAACAAAACUAGAUUAGAGCAUCUCUUUUUUGUCCUUGUGAUAUGGAAUGAUCCAGACUCUUCCCUGUUUAAGGAAGCUACAUUCAAGGUAUUUCUGGGCACCAUCUUUCUGAUCCAUCCUUAAUUUAUAAAUCUUAAGCCUUCUGCUGCUUCUUUUACAUGUCCGAAAAUAUCUUCUAUAUUUCCCUGAUGUUUGUAACUGUGGCUGGUACAUAUUAGGAAAUCCAAGUGAUUCUUAUUUUCAAUUC